AAUUCAGCAGAAAGUAUUACGAAUGAGGAAACAAACAAAAAAAAUAACAAAUGUCAAUAUUCCAUUAUUAUUCAUAAGUCAACCCUCACUUGACUGGUAAUUUUUCAAGAAUCAGUGUAUUACUCACACCCAACUGAAACUUCAGUCUAUUACUUACUAUAUUGUAAGUUAGCUAUUUGCAAUGAGGGCGCACUUGGACCAAAUAAAAACUAAUUAAGACCAUGUCGAAAUGGGAGAUAUUGUUUUUGGUUUGCCUUCCACAGACUUCAUCAUAUAUAGCACUGACUCAAACUUUGACUAAACCUGUUUUAUCUCAUUAAUUAUGUUACCAAAAUAUCAGCCUGAAAUAUUCUUUUUAUUACCAGAAAGUUGUUAGAUAUUUCUGUGAUUUUUAUUGGGAUGCUUGGAUGAAGGGAACCAGUUUUCUUUUAUAAACCAUUUCGUAUGGCCAAACUGAGUUGUGAUCAACACUCGCAAUAAACCAACGUUAUUAUUUUAUAUUGUUAUCCUUGAAAUCAAAGAAUCCACAGUGAUGACCACUUAUGAAACUGGCUAUCAAGCUUUGGGAUCCUUUCCUGAAGAUGAUAACGAUGAUGAAUCAUCGCCAGCUAUCCAGAUCUUACCCGAAGGAGGUGGCAAUUCAUGGAAUCAUAUCCAAAAUUUGGAUGACUUUUUUACAAGAAUUUAUAACUAUCAUCAAAAAAAUGGUUAUAAAUGUAUGGUGUUGGAUAGCUUUUUACAGCUUCUAUCUAUCUUCAUACUUGGAGGCUUGUUACUCUGUCUGCAUUUCGUCAACUAUCAAUUAUUGUUUAAUUAUCAACACACUGGACCAAAAUUAACCAUUCCUGAUCUGAUGAUAUCAGUUCAUCUUUGGUCCUCAUAUUUCAACUUUUGGCUGGUAGCAUUGGUAAUUCUCUUUGUUAUAGUCUUUUUGGCUAAUGUUUUCAAAUUUUUAUAUAACAUCCUCAAAUCUUUGGAAACAAGGCGGUUCUUUAUUGAAGCUCUCAAAAUUCCUUCUGCUGAGCUAGGUAAUUACACUUGGCAUGAUGUUCUUUGUCGGCUUCUAGAAGUUCAGAAAGAGCAGCAAAUGUGCAUCCAUAAACAGGAGUUGACUGAGCUCGACAUCUAUCAUAGAAUUUUGAGAUUCAAAAACUACAUGAUAGCGAUGAUCAAUAAAUCACUGUUGCCUCUCAGAUUCCGACUUCCGUUUGUUGGAGAGUGUGUAUUUUUGAGUACUGCUCUAAAAACAAAUAUUGAAAUCAUAUUAUUCUACAGUCCUUGGGCACCAUUUGACCAUUGGCAUCUUAAAAGUGAAUAUAAAAAUAUCCAUAAACGAAAAGAGUUAGCCAAAAGACUCAGUCGUCAGAUCUUAUGGAUGGCCAUUGGUAACUUUGUCUUAUGUCCAAUCAUAUUUGGACUACAGAUUAUGUAUACCUUUUUUAGAUACACAGAGCUGGUGAAGCGGGACCCUGGUCAGUUGGGACUACGAAGAUGGUCUAAUUAUGCUCGGUUGUAUUUGCGUCAUUUUAAUGAAUUAGAUCAUGAAUUUCAAGUUCGGUUGAGCCGAGGAUACAAGCCUGCUGUUGCUUACAUGAGUAUCUUCACUUCACCCAUGUUUGUAUUGUUUGCAAAAUAUGGUUCUCUGUUGUGUGGUGCCUUUUUUGCAGUUCUCUUUGCCCUUACUCUCUGUGAUUCAGAUAUUUUAGAUGUUGAAUAUGUACUUGGUUUGUUAACGUUUUUUGGUUUUCUCACUGCCACCUUACACAGCAUGAUUCCACCUGAGCACGAAGUAUAUAACCCAGAAAUUUUGAUGCGAGCCAUUCUUAGUCAGAUCCAUUAUAUGCCAGACAAUUGGAAAUGUAAUGGUCAUACAAAUUGGGUCAGAGAUGAAUUUGCUCAGUUGUUCCAGUAUCGAUUUGUUUAUCUUAUUGAAGAACUUCUCAGCCCUAUUGUUACUCCUAUCAUCUUGUUUUUCUGGAUUCGACCAAAAUCUCUUGAAAUUGUUGACUUUAUGCGUAACUUCACUGUUGAUGUUGUUGGUGUUGGUGAUGUAUGUUCAUUUGCUCAAAUGGAUGUCAAGAAACAUGGAAACACUCAGUUAUUGACCACUGUUAAGAAAGUAGAAAGAACUCACUACCAACAAGCUGAAGAUUCAAAGACAGAGCUGUCUCUCAUUCAUUUCAGGAUGACAAAUCCUGGGUGGAAAAUUCCAGAGAAUGGUAAUUCCUUUUUGACAGGCUUUAGAGAGCAAGCGAUACGUGAUCUUGCCUCCCUGAGCAUGACGCCUCUAGAUAAUCCACCUUUGAAUCCAUUCCAUUAUUUAGCUGGCACUGGUAUUAGUAAAGACAGUGUUUUAGGAGGACUAGGCUAUUAUUCCAGUUUUGGACUAAACAGUAUUCCAUCUGGACAACCAGGACAGUCACUAGAUCCUCUUCCUGGACAAGGAACUGGUCCCCAAUUAGCCUUUCCUCCUGGCUCACAGUCUGGUUAUUCCCCUGGUCCACAGUCUGGAUUUUCCCCUGGUCCACAGUCUGGAUUUUCCCCUGGACCUCAGGCUGGGUUUUCACCUGGUCCUCAUGCUGGGUUUUCUCCUGGUCUGCAAUCUGGCUUUUCUCUCGGUCCUUUGUCUGGAUUUUCACCUGGACUUCAACCUGCACUUUCAGUUGGUUAUCCAAGCCAUUUAGGAAAUGCAAGUUUAUCAAUUAAUUCUCUACGAGCUCGAGUAAAAGGAGCUGUUGCAAGUUGUGAGGGUCCCCUUUUUCCAUGGUCAAGUAAUGUGACAGGUUUUGCAAGCUCAGGAGUUAAUUCUGACACAUCAAUGUUACCUCAUCUGCAAACAAACGGAUUGGAGCAGGGACUGGAAGUGGCUCCAGUGGAGAUGGGACUAAGUGCCCUAUACAUUCAUGAUUUGAAUCAUCGACAAAAUAUUAGAGGACUUGAUAAUGUUGAUGGACCACAGUCUCGCAGAACAUGGCAGUCAUCACCAGAAGAGAUGCAAGCAUUCAUGACUGAUCAAGAAAUAAAUAAGCAGAAUGAAGAAAUUUCUAAACAGAACAGUCAAACUAAACCACUCUAGCAAGAAAUGUGUGUAAUAACUACUUUGCUACAUACACAGCUCUGCAUGUUAUGAAUGCUGUCUGGCAAUAUUUACUUCCUAUUUGAAACUGUUGAUAGCUUGCUAUCGUGAUAAAUGCUGUUUGAAUCAUCUCAUGCUAUCUUGAAAGAAAAACUUGUUAAUUUUUCCUCCCUAUGGCAUAGGAUCUGUGCGUACAUUAUAACUGUUUUUAUAACUUUAUAACUGUACAUUAUUAAAACAUGAUUCUGACAGUGACGUCCUUAAUUCAGAUCCUAUAUCUACGAUUUUAUAUAUUUUUUUUUUAUUUGUUAGAAACAAUUUGAAGAAGGGGAAAAAAAAAAGAAAAGAGAAAGAAACUGUACAAAUAUAAUAUUAAUUGAUCAAAGCGUAAAUUUGUUAAUUUUGAAAUUGUUUUUUUUUUUUUAAUUUAUUGUUUGCUUUUAAUUUAUGCUAUGUUAACGUAUGUUAAUUUAUGCUAUGUUAACAUAUGCUAAUUUGUGCUAUGUUAACACCAUAUUGUUCAGAAACUGAAACAAAUAUUCACUGGCUGAUUUGUAUAUUUAUUGAAAUAUUAUGUGAACUUCAAAUUAUGUGUGUUUGUGUGUAUGUGCAUGUGCUUUUGUGUGUGUGUGUGUGUGUGUGUGUACAUAUUUAUUUUAAAACGGCGACAGUGUCUUCAAAGUUUCACCAAAAUUGAUUUAAAAUCGAUUUGGUGAAACUUCAAAGUCACUAUCAAUGUUUUUUAAAAAUAAAUAUUUAAUUCCACUUCAUGUAUUGAGUUCUUUUUUAUCAUAUUGUUUUUGCUGAUUAUAUAUAUAUAUAUAAGAGAGAGAGAGAGAGGUAGAUAGAAAGGAAGAAAGAGAGCUUAGAUGUUUUCUCUAUUGUGAGAAAUGUGUAUUAGGAAACUUAAGAGAACUACAUUAAAUUUAUCUUAAAUUUUCUGGUACACAUUGUUUGUGAAUGAAACUAUGUAAUCAUGUUGCCAACUAAUGUCUAAUAUGCAAAUUACUCUAGCUGUUUCAGCUAAAUACUAGUUUGUAACUGAUAUAAAUAGUAACUGCUAUGAAGUUCUCUUAGGCGGCAAAGACAUGAGAAGUACUUGUUUUCUGGAUACAUGUCAACCAACAAUGAAAUAUGCCAGGACAAUUUACUUACUUUACUAUGUAAGAAAAGAACAACAAGAUGAAUGCUCAUUUUUUUUUUUACUUUACACGGUGUUAAUGUUACACACAAUUUCAUAUCACUAGUUUUCAGUGUAGGUGUUACAGAUUAUAGUUUGUUUGUGUGUAUGUGUCAUCGUCAUCAUACAUCCAUUUCCCAUGCUGGCAUUAAAUGAUAAUGGUCCUGUGCAUGGAUGCAUCUCCUGUUAAAGUGCCCUAUGGUUUGAAGUUUGUGUUUUCAUUUCUCACCAAUGGAUAUUUUCUUGCAUCUUCAUCUUGUGUUUUCUUUUUUUUUUCUCUUUUAUUUAAAAAUUUUUUUUCACAGUUACUAGGUCUUCAUCAGAUCUGUUGGAUAAAAUAUUCUGUAUGUACAUGUGUCCAUACAUACCUAUGUAUGUAAGUAUGCAUGUAUGUAUUGUUUAUUUAUAUUAUUAAUACAAAACCAGAAAAGUACUCAAUACAUGUUGGUGUUAGAGUUGUGUAUAAAGUACUGCCCCAUAUGUAUAACAGCUUUCUUUGCAAGCUGUCAUAAAUAUGUGUCAUGUAUAGAAUCUAUUUAUUCUCUUCCUAUGUAUGUUCUAUGUGGUGCUGGCAAUAUUUGUGAUUUAUUUAUUUUUCUAAACUGAAUCUCUGUUUGAUGAUGUUAUAUAUGUGUGUGUGUGUGUAUGUGUGAGUUCUGUCUUUAAGUCUUCUCCCAGUGACCAGUUCUUCUCUAAACAUCAUCUGUACUACAUGCUUAAAGCAUUAUUUCAAUUAAACAAAUCAUUCUCUUAUAA